AUGGCUUGGCAGAGGCCCAGUUGUAUCGUUCAGGCGAUGCAAUCGCUUCGACUGCAACCUCUCCGGUCCUCCGCAUCCCCUCUUUCUCCGACUCCCACACAGUUCCUCUUGCGGUCCCAGAAGGCCAAUGCUCGCGGCUAUGCGACAGAGACAUCGUCCGAUUCCUCAGUACAGGUGGUGCCCGAUGCUGCACCAGCAGCACCCGCAAUCGACUUCGACCAAUUCCCGUACCGACCUGCCCGAAUUGUUCCCGCGUCUCCCUCAUACUUCUCUGGAAGCCCCAAAUUCAUCGAUCACCUGUUGAGAUUGGAGAACCUGCUGGCCGAGAACGAACGUCUGCCGAAAACAUCGCCGAUGCACGUCCCGCGAAAGGCCUGGCUCAAAUUGGCCCAGUUCCGCGACUUUGUCGGCGAGCCUGUGCCAACGAAGAAAUACAAGAGCCUGAUCAAGAUCCUCCAGCGAAUCAACCGGAUCAGACCGGAGAUCAUUCCUGAUUAUGCGAACAAUAUCAUCAAAGAAUACGUCCGUCCCGGAAACCCGUACGGAGUCAAGCCGGCACCCCCAACGUUGGAUGAAAUGGGUCGGGCCCGUGGUCGUGGGAAGCGAAAGACUUCGUCCGCCGUCGUUUAUUUGGUCGAAGGUGAAGGUGAGGUGCUUGUGAACGGGAAGACUCUGUCGGAGGCAUUCCCGCGCGAGCAUGACCGGGAAAGUGUGGUGUGGCCGUUGAGCUCCACCGAGAGACUGGACAAGUAUAACGUGUGGGCUACUGCCAAGGGAGGCGGUACGACUGGACAAGCGGAGUCCAUUACAUUGGCCCUUGCUCGGGCAUUGCUGGUUCAUGAGCCUGGUCUGAAGCAAGCUCUGCGGAAGGCUGGUACGGUUACCGUCGACGCUCGUCGUGUGGAGAGGAAGAAGCCUGGUCAUGUCAAGGCCCGCAAGAAGCCCGCCUGGGUCAAGCGGUAA